CGGCGAUCAGUAUUGUGAGCAGGCUGCCAUUGAACGGCACGCGUUACUCUCGCGCACGCGUCGAUCGAAAAUACGAAUAAAAAAUACUCGGUUUUUCGGAGUUACACAAGGAAGUGAUUUCGGGCCGGUUUUUGAAAUAAUCCGAAUUUUUGUGAUAAAGUUUGUCAGAAAACUAAACAGUGUUGCAGUGUUUUGAAAUCGCUAUCUUGGUCCAUCCAGAUGCUGAGUUGCAUGGUAACAACAAUGGUCGCCAUCAUCAAAAUAAAAGUGAAAUAGUGAAGUGUAUUUCCUCUAGUCUUUGAAUUAUAAAGAAAUCUAAAAUUUUAAUUGUGUACUAAGAAAUGUCGCAUGUAUAAUUCGGCGACAAGUCCAAUCGGCGGUAGUAUAAUUCGUCGAGGAGUGUUAUUGUCAGUGGUAUAAUUGUGGAGAAACCAGUGUUUAUGUGUGAGAAGGCGGUGCUUAGUGGUAAAAUGACGAACAUUACUCCGGAGACCAGGAUUAUGAUGAUGAGACCCACAGAUGGGAGGGGCAGCUGCAGAAGACAGAUCUUAGCAGCACUAGCGGUAUCUCUGGGGCCAUUCGCAGCGGGCCUGAGCAAAGGCUACAUGUCGCCCGCUAUAUCGUCGAUGCAGGAGGCCAACGUGCCAGAAAGUUUCCCGGUCAGCGAUCAGCAGGCCAGCUGGAUCGCGAGUCUUAGUCUAUUAGGUGCUCUAGUCGGCGGUAUCCUCGGCGGCAUGGCCAUGAGGCUGGGCAGAAGGACGGUGUUGAUCGCCGCAGCGUUGCCGUACUCAUUGGUGUGGCUGGUCACAGCUCUGUCGACUGGAGUGGACAUGCUGGCUGCAACUUCCUUCUGCGGCGGUCUACUGCUGUGCUCGAUGACGAUGAUAACGCAGGUAUACGUCACCGAAAUUGCAGUACCAGAAAUCCGGGGCUGUCUCAGUUCAGUGCUCAAGAUCCUCAGCCAGAUUGGGAUCCUCAUAGCUUUUUCCCUCGGAGCUUACCUCAACUGGUACCAAUUAGCCCUGGUCGUCGCAGUGGCGCCUGUCAUGCUAUUCUUCGCUCUAUUAUUCGUCCCCGAAACUCCAUCCUCCUUACUCCUCAGAGGGAGAGAGCAGGAAGCAGAAAAGUCUUUACAAUGGUUACGAGGUCCCGAUGCGGAUAUAAGACAGGAAUUAGCAACCAUUCGCACGAACAUUCUGGCCAGCAAGCAGUACAAUGAUGGACGGAAUUGUAAACUGCAAGUUCUCCUAUCAAAAAGACUGACAAGACCUGUUCUGAUUACGUGCGGGUUAAUGUUUUUCCAAAGAUUCACUGGUGCCCACGUUUUUAACUUCUACGCUGUGUCGAUGUUCAAGAAGACAUUUAGAAUGAUGAACCCACACGGAGGAGCGAUCGCUACAAGCGUUGUGCAACUUUUAGCGUCCUGCUUGUCUGGCAUGCUGAUAGACAACGUAGGUAGACUGCCUCUUCUGAUGACCAGCGGGGUGAUGAUGUCUAUAGCGUUAGCUGGCUUCGGAUCUUACGCUUACUACGAAGAUGUUAUUAGGAAUUCGGCGAGUGCGGCUCAUGACGCCGGAGCAUAUGAUUGGAUUCCUUUAGUGUGUGUUCUUACAUUCACGAUAGCAUUUUCUUUAGGCAUCAGCCCCAUUUCAGCACUUCUGAUUGGAGAGCUGUUUCCUCUGGAGUACCGAAGCUUGGGUAGUGCUUUGGCAACUAGCUUUAGUCAUCUUUGUGGUUUUGUUAACGUGAAAACCGCAGCAGAUUUCCAGGACCAUAUAGGUCUAUAUGGUCUUUUCUGGAUGUACGCUGGUAUUGCGGUGCUAUGUCUACUGUUUGUUGUGCUUUUUGUGCCGGAAACAAAAGGACGUGAGAUUGAUGAAAUGGACCCCAAGUAUGUCGAGUCACUCUGCAUUAACCGAUAGUAUUUUAUAGACUUUUUUAAUGGUUUUUUUCUGAGGCAGCUUGGAGUAUGGUAUGCGUCCAGUAUUAUAGAUACACAAGUAGUGAUGUAAAGUGCCUUUUUUGAGCCGAUUGUUAAAAUUGGCAACUAUCACACAAAACAAAUCUUAGCGAAGUAGGUAGUUUUGAUAUGAUUUAUUGUAAAUUGUAUUGUAAAGUAGUAUGUACUUUGUUGUAAAGAAUUGUUUUUUCGAAAUUUAGGUGGAUUGAAAUUUUCCAUAUGUUAAAGUGCCAGGAAUAUUGAUGUCUUCCAAUAUUUUUUUUAUAUAAAAUAUGUUAUCUAUUGACAAAUUAGAUAAAAUCGCCUAAAUGGAUAAUGUAGACGUAGAUUCUUUAUUUAUGGAUCAACAUUUCAAAAUGUGAUGCCUGUAAGAAAUGUCCCGUUGGGUAAUUGUAUAAUAGUCAAUUUGAUUAUGGCUUGCUACAGAUGCAAACGUAAUAAUUUCAAUACACUCCACGAUGGAGCCAUUGCUACUAACACAGUUUAUAGAAAAUCUGGGCAGUUUCAAAAUUUAAUGAAACAUUCUUAAACAAUAUUCAGAAGAGCAAUUAAAUACCAUUAUUUUAGGGAUAUAUCGUAUUCUUCAUUACGGAUACUUACUGCCACGUAAUAUGAGCAUUGUUAGUUUUAAAGUACGAAUAACAAUUGAAGCGACAAAGGCAUCUAAAAUGUUUAAGAAUGUUUCGUUAAAUAAGUAUGUAGGAGGCGGAGG